AUGGAUUAUCAAAACCGAGUUGGAUCCAAAAAAGGAGGUGGUGGUCUCGCAUCUUGGAGUCAAACAAAUGCCAAUCUUCGCGAACGUCAACGUAAACUGGCACUAGAGUCGAUUGACUUGGCCAAAGACCCUUACAUUUUUAAGAACCAUCUUGGAUUAUUUGAGUGCAAACUUUGUUUAACAACUCAUGUCAAUGAUGGUUCAUAUCUUUCACAUACUCAAGGCCGUAAGCAUCAGUUAAACCUGGCGCGACGCGAAGCCAAAGAACGCGAGUCACGACGACACGACGUGGAUUUGUCACAACAGCAGUCAGCAACUGGUACAGAAUCACAACCAUUGAAACGCAAAACUCCUAAGAUUGGUCGACCUGGUUAUAAUAUUAUGAAAGUUAAAGACCCGCUCACGCGACAACUUGGGUUAACAUUCCAUUUGGAAUUCCCGGAAAUUGCAUUGGACGAAGUCCCACGGUACCGGUUUAUGAGUGCUUUUGAACAGCGCGUGGAUUUGCCUCCAGAUAAACGGUUCCAGUAUUUGAUUAUUUCGGCAGAGCCUUAUGAAAAUUGUGCAUUUAAAAUAGAUGCGAGAGAAAUAGAUCAAAGAAACGGCCGGUUCUGGACUUAUUUUGAUAAGGAUACAAAAGAUUAUUAUCUACAGUUAUUUUUCAAUAAUACUCCACGGAGGCCUGCUGCUUCUCUUCCAGCAGCUCCAGUGAAAAAUAAUUAA